CUUCACGCCCCGUUCCAGCACUCUCGUUUCCCUGAUUGAACCUGUGUGUACCGACCUUCGUCCGUUCUCCGACCAACCCCUAAACGUGUCUCUUCUUGAACUACCUUGCAUCUUCCGAGUUCCUGCAUUUGGGUCCUACUCUCGUUUCUGAUGGGACGUGACAGAACGAACUGGCCAUCACAGGACCCAGCAGGAAAGACCCGGCGUCGCCGGGACCGACGCAAGGUAGACCGUCUGCCGGAGGACCAAGCCUGUCCAAUCCGGGUAGGCUCCCUGACGUCCUCCACUUCCGUGUCUUACGCUCCGCCAGCGAGGUAUGAAUACGUCCCGAACACGACCCGUCCGGCUCCUCAUAUUCUUCUGGACUCUGACUUUUCGGAAUAUGAGGAGGACCAUGAUUUGUUUGACCGGCUGCCUGAGUACGACUCCGAUUAUUCUGACUAUGAAUCUGCUCGUCCGAUCUUUCAUCCCAGUCAGUUUGUUUCACCUCCCCGCGUUUCCAGCACCCGAACAUCUUCACCCGGUAGAUCAAAGUACACCAAUCGGUACGAGGGAACCCGAUUGGCCAUCUACCCGGGACCUCCGCGGGGCGGCCAGAGGAGACGCCCCGGCCAGGCGCUUCCUGGUGUCUCUCGCUGCGCGGCAACGAAGACACAGUCCUCCCACUCCUCGCCGGUAACGGUGAGACCGGCAGACCCGGAGCUGGCGGCGAGGCUUCCAGCCCAGAGGGAGGAGGUGCCGCCAAAUCACGAGGCGUUCCGCCGCGAACUGCGGGCGGAGAUUGAACGGCAGAGUGCGGAAUUGGCGGCUCUCACGGCCCAGGUCCGGCAAAGAUUGGCGAACCAGCCGAGCUACGCUGACGUCGCAACGGCGACGGACUCGCUGCUGACUCAGGUUCACGUUGCCGUGGAAACCGACCCGCCCCCUUGCCAAGUGCACGCCACAGUGGGAACAGACUCGCCACCUCGCCAAGUGCACGUAGCUGUGGAGACUGACCCGCCUCCUCACCAAUCCCACGGCGAGGUUUUGGCGAUUCCGAGCAGAGCUCACGCGGCAGUUGGAACUGACCCGCUCCCGAGACACGCCCACGUGUCAGUUUUGACUGACUCUCCGCCUACUCAGGUUCACGUUGCCCUGGAAACGGAUUCGCCACCGCGCCACGCCCACGUUGCUGUUUCAACGGAUGGAGUGCAAGCUCACGUGGCAGUGGGGACCGACCCGAUGCCGCCUCACGUUGCUGUCCAGGAGGUGGCGACGUCUCCACAGCCACUUCUCGUCCGUGCUCUGGAGUGGCAGUGGCGACCGUCCCGCGGCCGCUCCCCGUUCCUGCUCUGUCGGCGACGGGCACGCCCUCACGUUCCUGUCCAGGAGGUGGCGACAGUUCCCCAGCCGCCUCACGCUCCCGUCCAGGAGGAGGUGGAGUUGGUGAUGCUGCUGCCGCCUUCUCACGUUCCUGUCCAGGAGGCGGCGGCGACGGGGUCGCUGCCUUCUCAAGUUGCUGUCCAGGAGGGGGCGGUACUGGCGCCGCCUUCUCAAGUUGCUGUCCAGGAGGGGGCGGCGACGGGGUCGCCUUCUCACGUUGCUGUCCAGGAGGGGGCGGUACUGGCGCUGCCUUCUCACGUUGCUGUCCAGGAGGGGGCGGUACUGGCGCCGCCUUCUCAAGUUACUCUCCAGGAGGGGGCGGUACUGGCGCCGCCUUCUCAAGUUUCUCUCCAGGAGGGGGCUGUACUGGCGCCGCCUUCUCACGUUCCUGUCCAGGAGGAGCUGGGGAGUUCUGUGGAGCCACCCUGGAGCUGGAGAGACUACAGGAGGGUGGUGGUCAUUGCUCUGGUCUUUCUGGUCUCCAUCAUCCUAUUCGCUCCAGAUGGCUCCCAGCCGCUUCCUGACCAAGCCUUGGUGGCGACCAGUCCCUGGUCGUCUCGCAACCACGGCGUGGGAGGUUCUCAUCCAGAGCAGUGCCCUGCCUCGUUCUGGUUCCUGCCUCGCCGUUUGGUUCCUCACAGAGGUCGUCCGCCCGAAUCGCCCCGUGGGGACCCUGGUGCUUGGCGUCCGGGUCGUCCUCCUGACCUGUCCGCCCGGACGCCUCGUGUUUGGUGGCCUGGAUGGCCACCAGUCUGGGGUUCGGGGGGGGGGGGGGGGCGUGCCAGUUGUCCACUGUGUCACCCUUGAUUGUGCUAUAUAUAAUGUAAAUAC